AAACUGAUCAAGUAGUAAUGGAUCGAACCACCCAAUGAGUGUCGUGACACGCGUGCGUACAGUAAGAACGCGUCACUAAGGUUUCGGCCCGGUGCGGCAGCUCCUGUCAACUAAUGAGCCACGGUGGGCUUGAUGUUCUUCACUCGGCGCUAUUAUAGGAACCUUGAAGUGGAUUCUGUCUCGUUUCCGUUUAGUAAAGCCGGACAAAUCGAUUAAGAGAACAAAGUAUAAGUGAAAGUCCAGUGUGAUUUCAUUACUAUAACCUAAUCAGGGCGGGAACGUGCUCUUGUAGGUGCGCCAGGUGUCUGACAGACUUUAAUAACGGUCGGGGAAACACAUGGAUAUAAAUAGGUGGCUAGCUAGCUGCUGUAGAUGCACAAACGGUAAGGUGUCGUUAGCUGCUGCUAGAACGUCACAGGCUAAAUAUAGUAUUUCAAUCGGCUCAGUCACAGAAAUCUGCGUUUCUGUCCGGUAGCUACGGCCGUAUAGGAACCGAACACAAUAUGGCUAAGGUGAUAUAUUUAGCAGGCUCGUGGACUCCAGCUGGAACUCUCACUCGGUUACCCGUGGUUACUAUAUGGAGCGCUGUUAUUGGCUGGAUGACCCACUGGCUCCAGAUUACCAGUCAGCAGGAUGUCAGAGCGUGAUGAAGGAUGUGUGGGGAGUGUCAGCCAGGACCGUCUGGGUGUGAGCCGAGCAGACAGGGUUACUGUGGAUACUGCAGAGUCCUCUACAACAACCUGCACCAGCACCUGUCCAGUCUCAGACACCUGGAUUCUGUCCGUGCAUCGCCCCGAGGCUCCAGCACUGUCUCCUCUUCCAUCAGCAGCACAAGCAAACUAACUCUGCUGGAACGCUUCCUGCAGGAUGUGCUGCAACACCACCCGCAUCGCUACAACGACCCCAGACCAUCUCAUGCUGACCUCCCGCCAGUCUGUACCCCUUUUUUUCCAAGGACAGAACUUAAUGAACUCGGUUUCUGUGACGAUGACAGGCGGUCGCUGGGGACCUGUGAACAUCUGUCCAGUUCUGACAACGCCGCCAACCAACCGGUCAAUCAGAAGGAAGACAACCGCACACAGAGUCAAUUAUUCACAGGGUUUGGGAGUCAGCAGGCGCUGUCUGGGCCAAUCAGAGAGCAAGAAGACAGAGACAUCCUCACCGCAGGGAACAUAAUGUCGUCGCAAGUACACACCCCGCCCCCACACCAUCAGGCCCCGUCACCUGUUCACAGGAAGGCCCACAGGAAGACCAACAGGAGGAAAACCACCGGCACCACCUCAGUACCGCGUCCAGACACUGGUCGCGGAGUAAACCCCGGUUCCCGGUCCUCCUUCCCCUGGCAGAGGGAGGGAAGGGAGGCAUUUUCCUUGGGUCGGACCACGGAGGAGGUGAUCCAGGUCUGUUGCCAUGGUGUCGGUUCCAUUCUCUACCAGCAGGAGAAGUCAGAGAGCUUCGAGUUCAGCCUUCCCGUCUCCAUGGAAACACAAAGUGAGGACUGGGACACACCUGUGCAGAGAGAACCAAUACGGGACGCACCUAUCCAGGUGAGCACUGCACGGGGGCACGACCUGAGCGGUCUGAUGGACGUGGAGGUGGCCCUGGAAGACCAGGUUUACUCCUGCCAGCUAGACUCUGCCCUCCACAGUGAGCGACGGUCAAGCGGCAGGGCCCAGAUGGACUUGGGCUUCUGGACUUUGCCGAUAGAGGAGGUCUUACCGGCUCCGGAACAUAUCCCAGAAUCUUUCAAGGGGAAGACCUGGACCCAGAUUGAACAGGAGGACGAGGGAAGAGUUGACAAGCUGGUCCGACAGUUCAGACGGGGGCAAUUCAUCUGCUACUUUGACACAGAGUCUCUGGCCAUGUACGGGAGGAGGGGUGAAAACAAGGAGGAGGAGCCAACCAAUAGUAUCCUGCCGUUAUUAGACUGCAAUGACAAUGCCUCACCGUACGUUAGGAGGAGAAAGGGGCGGGCAUUCAGAGUAGCGUCCAGGUGUCAGGUUGUCAAAAUCAGCCACAGCACUCAGACGAUACGAUUCGUCGUCCCAACCCUCCCUGAACCAGCUUCGGAGACCCUGGCCCCUAGCGUCCCUACAGCCCAUCAGGAAGCAGCAGAGAGGACUCCCGAGGGGCAGACAUGGCGCUGCCUUCCGCCAUCAUACUUGGGUAUCGUCACACCUCUGCAGCCUCGCACCUCUCUGGUCUACCUGAUCUGCUCCCCCUCAGGCUCCACCCCCUCCUACAACCCUGCAAUAGGCUAUGCCCUCAAACGAUGUAGGAAGAAGAGGCGUCCGUUAGACGCUCAAGGGUUAAAGGUCAAAUACAAACAGUUUCCUAUCAGGUUGUACGACCCCACCAGCAAUCGCAUCCUGAAAAAUCACCCGAAAGGCUUUGUUCCUUACACCUCCCCCCCACGGUGCGUCCGUCACCUUUUCAGAAGUCUUAGUCUAGACCUGAACGCCGACAGGCCGCUUGGUUGGGGGGGCAUAGGGUCCUUCAGGAUCAAAGGUCAGAGGUCAUUAAACAAGCCCUUAGGCCAAGGCAAAGGUACUAAGGACACAGUCGGGAGGCGGGGGAGGACAGCUCAAAACCCGCCCACUUUUCCUCAUAGCAGGGGGGGGAGGAGGGAUAGGAGACGUCCCUCCUCCAUAAAGAAGAGAACCAGGGAUAAGGCCCCCGCACACACAGCCCAGGAGAGAAGGCCUACGCCGAGCAGGACCCGGCAGUAAAGCCCUGUGUUUAACCCGCUGGGGAAUGCCUGCAGGGCUACAAGAGGGGGCAGGGAUAGCUAGGUCCUAUGGUCAAGUCACCUGUUUAAGUACCUAGGUCACCUUUUCAGGUAGCUAGGUCACCUGUUCAGGUAGUAUGUUACCUCUUCAGGCAGCAGGUCACCUGUUCAGCUAGCUUUCAUGUUCAUGUUCAGGAUCCAUGUUCAACCUGAUGCCUUUAAUGAAUAAUAACUGUUUCAAAGAGACUGAUUAGAAUGAAAUCAUCUCAUCAAUAUAAAAAUGUAAUGUUAUGUUUGUGUGUAGAAGAAUUAUUAAUAAUAACUACAUUCUGAUUUAAAUAUACUUUUUUAUUUCAUGAAAUGGUAAGAAAAAAGCCAACAUCUGAGCUUUUUAAAAAUUGUAAAAAUUCACUGAAAUAGUGAAUGAUGACUUUGUUUUAUUAUAAUGAUCCUGUAAUACUACAUGACCGGUCAUUGACACCUGUUUUAAAAAAAAUACUUUUACACUUUAUUUAUAGAUCAAUAAGUUAAUGUGGAAUAAAAAUCUAUUGUAAGUUCAA